CUGGAAAGCCCGAGUGUCAGCCGCGUCUUCGGCAAACUGACGUAUAUAAAGGUCAGCGUGCGUGGAGAGGAUCAGUCCGCCACUCGCUGCUGCUCUACAUAGCCAGCUUUCAGGAGCAAACAAGAACAAAAUGCGCGUGGGAAUCGUGAUGCUCGCCCUGGCCGGGAUGUGCUCUGCCGCCCCCACCUACCAGGACUUCCAGAACAAGUUGCCCCACGUCGCGCCGGGGCAGACCUUCAACUUCCAGUCCAGCUCGUCCACGUCCAACUCCGCCUCGUCCUCCAACCAGGAGUCGUCCUCCACCAGUUUCUCGUCCUCGUCCUCCGGGGUGAACUUCGACACGUCCUCCUCCAACUCGGCUUCGUCUUCGUCAGAUAGUUCUUCGUCGAAUUCCUUCUCUGGAUCUCUCACUGGCGGCGCCGGAGGGAUCGGGUCUCACUCUGCUGGAACCCUAGGAACUUCUGCUGGCGGCUCUACAGGUGCUCUUGCUGGCUCCUCUGCUGGCACCUCUGCUGGCGCUCUUGCUGGCGCCUCUGCUGAUGGCCAAGCCGCUUCUGUUGCCUUUGGAUCCGACGGUCUUGGCGCCGCUGGGGCUCAGGGCGUCGCAUCUUCAACAGGCUUCCAGGAUGGCGUCCAAGGAGGCGCGGUCGGCUUCCAGGGAUCCUCUGGGAGCAUUCACGGGGCAGCUCUUGGUGUUCAGGGGUCUUCCACUGGCUCUCACGGCGGUGCGGUCGGCAUCCAGGGCUCCUCUGCUGGCACCCACGGAAGCGGCUUCCAGUCUGGCGCUCAAGACUCCACGGGCGUAGUCCAGUUUGACUCUCAGGUGUCUUCGGGAGGCUUCGGCGGUCAGGACUCCGCAGUCGCCUUCGGAGCCAGUGGCGCUGACGGCGUCGGAGCUGAGGGCGGCGCCGUGGCCUUCGGUUCGGGGAGCGGAGACGCCGCCGCCCAAGAGUCCUCGGAAGGGUUCGGAAACAGCGGCCGCGAACCCAGUGACGUCAUCGCGCAGAGCUACGGCCUCCCCAACUAAGCUCUCCUAGUCUUAACUGGACUUUAUUUAUCGAAUUAGGUAGAUGGACUGUUCCCUGUGAUACUAAGUGAUAGGCAGUUGAUCGGUGCAUGAUUCGCACUGCACAGUAUUAACAUUGGCAUUAUGUCUGCAUCAAUACCAGCUAUGAAAGCUUUCUGCCACGAACUCUAAUGAUCCUCGAAGUUGCCGUAAUUUAAUCAAAAUAAAAUUAUGACAUUCA